UGUCAGAGUUUAGGCGGCUCCGCACUGUCGUGGGAGACUCAAAGUGAAAGUUAAUACGAGCAUGGGUACUCCGCAGCCAAACUCGCUCGUAAAUUCUGCCGGAUGGCUUUGGGCUUUGGACUUUUGCUUGUAGUUUGCGUCGUGGCGUGCGUCCUGGGCAAAGCGCGCUGCUCCGACAGCGGCCAAAGUGAAUGCCCGUGCUCGGGAAUCCCUCGUUGGCCUCAGACCCAGCCUCCGCCGCAAGACUGCCACCAGCUCAACCGAACUUUCCGCUACAUCUGCCGCAAAGGUUACCUGAGAACGGCGGGCACGUCCAACCUCAUCAGAUGCAAAGCCGGCAGUUGGUCCUCUCCCGACCUCGUAUGCAAACGGGACCCCAGAGGAGGCGCAUCCGACGACACCGAGGCAGAAGCCCCCACCACCAGCGUGGUCCAUACUACAGAAGCCGCCGCCACCACCAGCGUGGAGAAACACCGAAAUAUAUCGGAGCCCGCCGACUCGCUCAUCAAUGAUACCAGAAGCGACGCUUCUCUUUGGCAAACCAGUUCCUCCUUGAGUGGACCUGGAAUCACCACAAUAGCAGCCGUCGUUGGCGUCUUGGUCGCCAUCGCGGUGGCACUCAUUGGAAUCGGCCUCCUUUGUAAAACGAGACGAGGGCGAACCAGCGAUUCGCCGCAGAUGGCCCCGGAAGACAUUCCUUUGAAUGAAGCUACGUCAUAGCCUUGGUCAGGAGGUAGUAAAAGGUGUCAAACUGUUUUUGCACAGAAAAAAAGGAGACAGCAGCUGUCUCGUUUCAUUGUGCUAUGGAUGCGAGUCAGGCCACAAAUGUAGACGGCUUGGCUGCCUUAAGGAAACUAUUUCCUCGUGCUGCAGCCCAUCAAGACUCAGUGGUGAGCAAACCGGGUCAUGUUCCGAGCAAGUUGGACCGUUGACCAUCUAAAUAUUUACUGGAAGUUGUCGAAGUUGAUGAAACACAGUGCACAAGCACUUAUAACGCGUUUACAUACAAUGGUGCCUUGAGAAACAGGUUUACUUCGUUUCUGAUUACGUUCCAAACGUUCCAAUGGCAAAUCAUUUCUCACCAUUGAAAUCAAUGGAAGCUCCAUUAAUCCAGUCCGGCCUUCCCAAUAAAAACAACCGAUAUUUUUAUAAUGUGUAUUGUAAUGAGGACAAACAGCUCACUUUAAUAUUGUAUUUUAUAUAAACAUGAAAUGAAAAGCUUUUAAGUCUCACAACUUCACUAAAAAUUAGCCAAAUGAUAGCUCGUAUCUCAAAAAAGUCAAGGUUAAUUCACACUAUUGUUUCAAAAACCCUUUCAUCAGUUGCUUUUUUUCCCUCAAAUAUUGAAUAAGUAGCCAUGUAGCAAUUUCUUAUAUACAGAUAUAUAUAUAUUUUUUCCAAAUUGACUUUUUGUCAGACACACGUCUCUCUGGACUUUUUGUAACUUGGUGUUCUGCCCUCGUGCAAACUACACCCAUAAUAAAUAUGUAUGAAAUUCA